AUGGCUUCCAAUUUCGUCCCCUUGCCACCGGGUUUCAUCGACCUCUCCAACGCCUACAGGGUGAAGCCAAAUUCCAUAGCAAUCAACAUCAUUGGAGUCUGCGUCGACUUCCUGGCUCCAACAAGAUGUCAGGGCGGCCGGCGGGACUACACUAUCAAAUUCACCUUACACGAUCCGGCAUGGCCAGCUGGUUUGGGCCUACUCUUCUCCUACUUCGAGAGGCAAUGUUGUGAGCUUCCCGAUAUCAGAGACCAAGGUGAUGUCGUCAUCCUGCGACACGUCAAAACAAAUAACUACAACGGCCAGACGACGGGGUGGUCGAAUGGCGCUUCCUCGUGGGUUGUCCUUCCUGCCGCCGAGUUGGAGAAGAUUCAUUCUCUCCAAGAUCUGAAGGACAGGGCUAGAUACCAGGGGAAAGCUCCCAGCACAGGAUUUAAAUCACUUGCUCCCUUCAGCGAAGCUGAGUUGAAAUACGCCAAAUGGAUUGCUGAGCAGGAAGAUCCAAGUCUAUGGACAAAGCAGCAGCCCAGGACUCAACUGGAAAUAGCCAAUACCAUGGAAGAGAACGGUGGCACUGCUCCUGCUCGCAAAGAGAAAUUCCGCACACUUGCUCAACUCGAGUUGACCAAUGGCAGAGGUUACAUCUUUGUAGAUCUCUUGGGCGAAGUGCGUAAAGUCUUCUCUCCGAACGACUUGACCACAGAGCUCUACGUGACUGAUUAUACUGCGAAUGCCGGGCUCCGCGACUACCAAAACUCCAACGACCAGGGUGGUCGAGAUGGUGACCCGUGGGGAUACAUCGAGGACAAAUCGUCAAACCACUGGCCCGGUCCCUGGGGAAAGAUGACCAUCACCGUCACAUGCUGGGGUAGGCAAGCCUCGGUUGCCACGCACAUUGCGAAAUUGGGCAGCUUCGUAUACCUGCGCAACGUGCAAAUCAAGCUCGACAGGAAUGAAUCGAGACUCGAGGGCAAUUGCCGCGAUGAUCGUGACUAUCCGGAGAAGGAAUUGAUCGAAGUGGCGGGGAGUGAAGAUGCAAAUCGGAAGGACUUGCUGCGUCGCAAACGAGCCUACGAACAAAAGAUGCAGAGCGAAGGCAUAAUUUUUUACCGAAACCCGGAUCAGGCGACGAAGAAGCGCCAGAGGGAAAAGGCUGCCGAGCAGCAAAACGACGAACCGAAGAGCAAAAAGGCCAAGACAAGAAUCCGAAGGAACAAGAAGGCAAAAGCGGAGGCCCUGCAACAGGAAAAGGAGAAGGAGAAGGCCGUGGCCGCAAUUGUGCGACACGAGCACUCUCUCUUGAAAUCCAACACCCAUAUUCGAUGUAACCAGUACGAGGGAGUUUCAUGCAAGCAUAUUGUUGACAUCCUCGACCCAGACGUUUUGAAUCGCACCACGGCGAAGGGCAAUGCCUACCGACUCCCCUUCCAGAACUGCACAUACAAGUCGAAAGUCCGCGUGAUAGAUUUCUACCCGGACAACAUUGCUGACUUUGCUGCCCCACGAAAAGAUGGGCAGUUUGAUGUAUUGUCCGACAACGAGGACUUUGAGGAAGACUUGGACAUCGACCUCACCCAAGAGAACCCAGAGGAUUUGAAAUGGGAGUGGCGAUUUCUUCUCCUUGUUGAGGACGCUCGAGCGCCGGCCGGUGCUGAUAGGCGACCGACCCAGAUGGAAUUGCUCGUGGCCGAUACGGAUGGAGCUUUCCUCUUGAACAUGGACGCCUGCAAUUUGAGGGAUACGGCAAACCAGGACGUCCUGGCGACACUGAAGGAGAAGUUAUUUCACCUGUGGGGGGACCUGCAAGAGAGAAAGGAGGAAUCCAGCACAACCGCCGAAGAGCCCCAUGGCAAACCAAGCGCAAGGCCUUUCGAGUGCCUGAUUAAAGAGUAUGGUAUACCUCUUCCGCGUCCAAAUCCCCAAGCCAAGGGUGCUGUUGUUUAUGACCGACGAUUCCGUCUCUUUGGUACAACAAUUGCAGUCUGA